AUGAAGAGUUCAGAUGUGAGCCGGGUAUUGCCGAGCAGGGAGUGCGCGAUCGGAGAAUGCUGUAUGCGCGAGGAAGAGCAAGAGAGAUCUGAUGAGAUUCUCUCCUGCCUUGAUGUCGACUUUGAUCCGAUCUGGGGUAACGUAAUAUCAUUCCACCCGUUCCCACUUGAUCGGGAGGGACCGAGGGCCCAGGCUCAUGGUGACAGCAAAGUCAUCCAAGAGCCUAUGGCAGAGGGAUGUUGUACAGGAAUGCUGAUGGAUGCCUUGAGGAAGCGUCACCCAGAGACACAGUUCGAGAGCUACGUGCCGUCCAAGUUCAACAACAAACGAUUAAGAAGCAUUCACGAAUUCUCUAGCGACGAGAUGGUGUCUUCGAUCGAAGACCUUGAGCUCAAAGACAAGCAUGGCAUGAAUGAGAGAAUCUGUUUCUUGCAUCUUCAGGAUAGCGACUUUGGAGGUUCCUCAACACAAUCUUUGUUGAGAUCUCUCAACAGAUUGUCUAACUUGGAAGUCGUGAUCUUAAUUCGAACUGGAUUGAAAUCCGUGAAGGGUCUUGAAGUCAGAUCACUCCUGUACUUAGAUGUCUCAAACAAUCUUAUUCAAGACAUAGAAGAGGCCUUGAGAAUAUUUGACAACAGCAAAGUCCUGCAAUACGCCGAUUUCUCAGGAAACCCUGUUUUGAGCCUGAUGCCGAAUUCAGAAGACCGACUCCUCGCAAGCGCGCCAUGGUCAUUGCAAACGCUGAAUAGAAAGCCCGUGGAAAUCUCAAGAAAGGUGGAUGCAGUGCGCCUGAACACAAAGGAUUGCGACCGUGCGUCACUUUCUCACGAUGUCUGGGACUAUCAAGUUUGCAAGAAUAAGACGUUCGCCAAAAUGAACUUGUUCAAGCCUGAAAUGAUUCGUCAUCUAGAUAUAUCAUGUACUGGGAUUUCAGUGUUUCAUGUUGGAUUGAUGUCUUCGCUGGAGCAUCUUGACCUUUCUUGCAAUCGAAUCUCUUCUAUCAAGGAGGGAGGCAUCGAGCAAUUGAGAAAGUUGAGAUUGUUCAAGGUGUCGAGGAAUGAUGUUUGUGAUCCGAUGGAACUCCUUCCUCUCGCUCAUCUCACUGCCUUGAAUUGGCUUGAAGUUUCUCCUCAGAAUGAAAGAAGCUUCUUCGUAGACAGCAAGAUAUACAGGCUGGCAGUUGUAUUGCUCACAAUAGAUUCCAAGGGCUCAGAAACCAAACCUGGGCUAAACUUUCUUGACACUGACACAGCACAACACCAUCGUGAAACCUCUGGGGACUGGAUAGAAGUUACAACGCAAGAGAGACUAGACGCCAUUGAGAUCUUGUUGACAGACCGAUUGCAAGAGGAUCUGACAAGCGACGUCUGGAGCAGUUUGUUUCGGUGUUUCAUUGAGGUUCAAUUGGAAAUUCUCCAAAAAGAGGCCGAUCCUCGAAGAAACCUUUCACAAAUUCUUCAAAAAGAAUUUUACCGUUGCAAGUUGAUAUCGCUGAUUGGGCAAAGAUCUCUUUAUUCGAACGACUUCGAUCGAAUAAGAUGUGUGGUCCUCAGGAAGUGUGAUUUGAAAUAUGCGAAUGUUAUGGGCAUGAAUUCUUUAGAAGUACUUGAUUUGGCUGAAAACCAUCUUGAUCAGGUGAUAGGCCUGGAGCGCUGUCAAUUUCUUCGUUUACUCGACAUAUCAAAAAAUUUCGAAUUUAUUGAUUUCGAAGCACUACAAUUUCUUUAUCAACAACUGAAUUGCUUGCACAAAUUGCGCUGCGCAAAUGUUUUCAACUCCUACGAGGUCAACAAGAAGAUGAUAAAAGCAAUUUUGAUGAUGCUCAUCAAGCAGAAUCCAAUAGAGACGUUGAAUGGCAAAGAACUGUCAAUCCGAGAUAGAGUCAGUGUGUAUUACAACGAAGCAGGCUCGGAAGAUUAUCAGAUGUAUUUGACUGAGCUGGUCUUGGCAACGAGUGUAAAAAAUCAAUGUCAAUGCUGCCGAGAUCUGCGGGAGCAUCCGAGGCUAUCAUACUUGCCCAUGGCAAAACGUGCUUGUGCAAUGGAAGGUUGCGUUUUACCAUCCGAUGUGAAAGUCGGUUUGCGGUAUGAUCCAGCCCGGGUGGAAGAGUUGAGCGACACGCAUAGCUGGGGGCUCGUUUCAGACACUCUGAAACUCGUUCUUCCAAAGUUCACUGGUUCAGAAAUAGUGAAUUUACAGCGUCUUAGGCGACUGAACCUUUCAAGAAAUCGACUUGUAACACUGCAAGGCCUGGGGCUCGAAUUCAUGCAACAACUUGUCGUCCUUGACGUCUCGAAGAAUUCCAUAAAGGAUGAGCUUGAGGCUGUAGCUGACGUCAUUGACUGCUUGCCUUCUCUGGUUGCCGUUGCACUCAGAAGCAACCCAUGCUUCCGGAUUCCAUCUGAUCGCCGUCGUUUGAUGGGAUUGUUGAAAUGCUUUCACGACGUUCGCUGCAAAAUCAGAUUCAUUGACAAGCUAGUGACCCUCGAUGAGCGGAUAGAUGCAGGUUCUCAGUCUGGUAACACAAACCUCGACGGUGCUGCACGACUGGACGCAGCUGUUGCUCUCUGCUGUAAUUCCACGGAGCAAUCCAUGGUCUCAGAGCUGCAGCUUAUUGAUUGCAAGCUGCGACAAAUUCCGCGUAGUUUCUUCUCCAAAUUUUUUAACCUGAAAGUUCUGAACCUACAGUCCAAUUGUAUCUCUACCAUUCACGAGAGUGGUAUCGAAAGUCUCGUGAGGCUCGAGCUGUUCGACAUGAGAAACAAUCGAAUGAAUGAGGUUUCCGAGAUAUACCAAGUUGUUCUGAGUCAGGAGCUUCUGCAUGAAGUUGGGCUGAGAGGGAAUCCAUUUGGUCGCAGUGUGAUGCACGGUGAAGAAUCUUUGCGGCAAGAAGUCAUCGAAUACUUGGCUCCAAGAAAAUUGUCAAAACGAGGAAACAAGUUGAGGUUUCUAGAUGAUGUUGAGAUCUCCAUCGAAGAGCUCAUAAGAGGCACAAGUUCUGCGAAGCAGCAAGCAGAAAUGAUCCGAUUCUUUGUGUCAUUGGAGAGAGCUGUGCAAGAUCUCCGGGAUUUGAAACUUAUACAGUCUGACAGUAUCUCUCACGUAAGCGAGCUGGAUAUGUCCUGGAGGAAUCUUUCUUUCGUGGACUUUUCGGAGAUGACCUCUUUGACUGCGUUGAACUUGUCGCACAACCGAUUGACUUCGCAAGGGCUCGAGAAUGGACGUAUCACUCGUCUCACUCGUCUUUCGCACUUGAACUUGAAUCACAAUGAAAUUGCAGACAUGAAGAUCAUGGGAAGCAUCAUCUCCAUUGGCCAAAGCAACAUGUCAUUGCGAUCGGUCUCUGUCAGUUUUAAUCCGGUGUUUCCCUCUGCCAAUGACGAGCUGGAUCGCAUUUCCUUCCUCAGGAACGAGCAUGUAUUAAGUUUCAUAUCACGCAGGCAUGCGAGCCUGCAAAGUUUGAACUCAGCGGCGAUCACUGUAGACGAGAAGUGCUUGGCAUUGGGACAAUCGUUGCUGGAUGAAGAUGCUUCCACGGUGCGAGAGUUGAGAUUGGUUCUGCUCCUGGAAGAAUACGGAGCCUCUGCAGUCACGCGAGCAGUGCAUCUUCCGUAUAGACAGAUUGCAAGUCUACAUUCUCUUGCAUUCUACAAGAAGGUAGAGGAGUUGAACCUACAAGGCAACAGAAUAGUUUCACUUGAACCUCUUUGCGCCCUUCCUCUCCUUAUCCGCUUGGACGUCAGCAACAACUCGGUGCCGCGGGUGUCAGAAGCUGUCGGAUCUCUAAUGAAAUGCGACGCGUUGAGGCAUCUCAAGUUAGAGAAAGUCAGUCUUGACUGGUCAAGCUGGGCAAGGGAGCUGCCAGCCGACCUGCCCUUCCAGCUGCACAUGUUCAAGUGCCUCCCAGCUCUCCUCGAUUGUGAUUCUAUGCUCAACUUUGCGCCUUUGCAAGACUUCCAGUGGAAGUCGAUCCUUAAUCUUCGAAACCACUUCGCAAUAGGUCCGAAUCGCAUCUUACGCAUUGACCUUAGAGGCAAGGGGAUCGAUCAAGCAAGGUUUUACAUGCUGAGAGAUUGGCUGGCGUUUCUCCCUGUGGAAGAGCUCUACAUUCAGGACAACCCUUUCUGUCGCACGCUGCAAUCCUAUCGCUACAUUCUCAUCAACGACAUCAGGACUCUGCGAACGCUUGACGGAUGUGAAAUAACGGAAGAAGAACGGGUGAAUGCCUACAAGAAGGUGGAGGAGAUGAUGCAUGACCUCAUCUACAUGCCCCCGACCAUCGACAGUUUGAAGCUGAACAAUGCUGGACGCAUGAUGCAGGCGGCUAUGCCCAAGAGUUCAGGGGCUGGAGCGUCGUCCCUGUGGGGCUCGCAGUUUGAAACUUUCUUCUCGUUCCUGCAGGUUCAAGGUUUCCUUCGCUCUCUCUCUGGAGUUCCGUGGGACUCAAUCCCUCUGCUGGGCUCCACCCUCGACCUCCUGAAGCCCUUGGCCUCCAUCCGCAUCGAGUAUGUCUUCCCUAGCGUGCAGUGCAUCUGCUUUUGGGGCUACUUGCAGAGCGUGCUCUUUGUCGUCCUCCCCCUCAUCUUCUGGGGCCUCUAUAGGGUUCGAUUGGACUGGACAGUCUGGGAGUAUCAGAUAUUGAACAACGUCAGGGGGAAACUGCGAGUGAAACUCUUUCAAUCCAUGGCAGCUUUCCUGAUCUUGGUCGUCAUUUCCAUAGCCAUCGAUUGCAUCAACUGCAUGGACAACUCGCAGUACGAGUCUCUUCCUCAGUGCUCGCGCUUCAUGGGCUCAGGGCACUGCGUGGCUUGGGAGAUGCUCAAGGGAGGCAAGGGUCUGCCGUCCUGGACCUGGGGAUGGGUCUUCUUCUUUCUCUCAGUGAUCGGCUUCGUUGACCUCGUCUGGCUGCUCGUCGUGCUGAUCGCUCGCUACAAAAACAGGAAGAAGCACAACACGGGGUUCUGGCUGGAUCUCACCAACGCGAUCAAGAAGAUCGGCAUGCUCCUGCUCGUCCUCACCUACCUCCCUGUGUGCAACCUUCUCCUAGACAACGUGAGACCAGUUCUCCACCAGGGCGCAGACGGCGAAGCAGUCAAAUGGUACUUCCCAGCUGGGGGAUGCACGAUGACGUCAGGAGUCGCCAACCGCCUGUGCAAGCCCUACCCCUCAGCGACCGACGGGCUCAGAUCGCAGUACGUUGUCUUCUGGAUCAGUGCGGCCUUCGCAGCCAUGUACAUCAUCGGCAUGCCGCUGUAUUUGGGGUAUCACAUCAAGAACGCUGUUGACGUGGUAGAUAGAAACAAUCCUCGUCAUAUCAAGUUGCUCAACGAUGUCAAGAGGCUGAACGAGCAGUUGGUAAAGAGGCGAUCGAACGGCGAGAGAAACUUUGAGAAGAAGAUUCGUCUGCAGCAAAAGCGAUUGUUGCAGCAAGCACAUUCUUUAUAUCAGCAGGCCGUUUGUGACUUCGAUGACGCAAGGACGACUCUCUACUGCAGGAUGAAUUUCAGCUACAAGUGGCGAUGGAAGUACUAUAAGCUGAUUACGCUGCUUGAGAAGGUCCUUCUCCUACUUUACACUCUCUUCCUGUCUCAAGCUACCAUCUUCCUCUUCUACGGUCACGACCCUACGACGUACCAAAGCGUCACCGAGAUGCAGCUGCAGAAAUGUCUCAUCGCUGUCAGUGCAGGGAUUUUCUUCGUCCUCAGCAUUGUGAUCCGACCUUACAUGGACUGGCAAGAUACGGUCAAUGACGUGGCAUGUAGAGUUUGCAACCUGUGCAAUGCGCUUGUCAUCUACCUGGCGUCAGACCCCAAGGACAACGGGUCGAUCUUCUUCCCGCAUGUGACCAACAUGACCUGCGCCAGCUCCUCCUCCUCUAGCUUCGGCCUCGCCAUCGCCGGCGUCAGCCAAGUCAACCUCACGGGCUCGAGCUCGUCGACCUCGGGGAACAACACAUACUGCAGCUUUCUCUUCUACGCCGGGUACUUGCUGGGAGCGCUCAACAUCGCCUGUCUGGUUGUGAUCGUGUGCGGGCUGCUGGCAAGUCCCUUCCGGUGGUUCUACUUCAAUCGCAGAGCUCAGAAGAUGAAGGAGAAAGAGCUGAACAGUCACAAGAAGAAGAAGCUGCGAGCCAGUGCCCUCCUGGGCAGAACUUCAGAUAUUCAAGCUGAUGGACUUCUAAAGCGAUCAAAUGCAUUGAGACGAUUCAGCUCUCUCCCAGCAGACUGA